AUGUCGUCGCCGGCGCCAAGCAACGACGGGGACGCCCCCAAGAACAACCAGGAGCAGAUCACUUUCCGUUUCUGCGCAGAGUGUUCCAACAUGUUGUACCCUAAAGAAGAUGAAGAUGCUCAUAAGCUUCAGUUCACCUGUCGUACGUGCCAAUAUACCGAAGAGGCUACGUCUUCUUGCGUCUUUCGCAAUGUUAUCAACAGUGCAGCAGGCGAGACAGCUGGUGUGACCCAGGACGUGGGAUCGGACCCGACGGACCCUGCAUCGGUGGACGAGUACAAUCAUUUCGUUCGACACAACUCGGAUUAUGCCGUUACGAGAACCUUGGACUCCAUACGAUUCGCCAGUUAUUGGGCCUCCCAGGACGAUGACGGAAAAGCUGCUUGGGCCGACGAAUUUGCAUCAUGUAGCGAACCAAUUAUUCCCCAUCUCUCACAAGAUAAGGACAGUCUUGCCUAUUAUAUUUCUAGCAAUAACUUCCUUACGUCACUUGACGCCUUGGAUGCUGAUCCUCCCGAGGCUCUUGAGAAUCCUCCGGAGUAUGGCGAAAUAUUGAUGCCUUACUCUGAGCUCAUUUCUGCCCAGUCAACGCAAAUCGCCUCACGAUGA